UUGUGUUUGUCAGUAAGGCAGCGCUGAACGUAGCCGGUUGGCUCACUGUUAACCGUCUCUACAGAUCUCGCUGGGUUUUGUUUCCUCUUGUAAUUCUCUAGCGACUCUAAGGAAAAUAAUUGGGACAAAAUUGUUGGAUUAACAACGCCAGUGCAGAUUCUUUGCCCUACAUCCUACGAACUGUCUUUCCAAAGUGAUGCUUUGUGUCAGGUGGCAUGUUACCUGAGCUGUGACCCCUGGCAUUAUCCAUGUCGGGCGAAUCUGAGCCACAGUCCUACCCAUAUAGGGGAGGGUCUGAGGAAGACGACACCGAAUUGCACUGUGGCUCCGUGUCUCACCUGCACCAUAUGGGCAGGGCUUCUGAUGGGAGUGACAGCAGUCAUGACCCACCCCCUUUUCCAGGCUCCCAGCCCCCCCUUCAUGAGGACAUGGAGAUGGGUGGGAAUGGCUCCAGUGGGAGUGGCACAGAAUCCCAUGGCAAUGAGUCACAUGGAAAUGAAUCCCACGGCAACGAGUCAGUGGGCAGUUCCAAUGGCAAUGGAAAGGAUUCGGCUCUUUUGGAGUCGUCAGGUAGCAACAAAAGCCACAACUCCCAAAGCCUCUCCCCCCCCAGCAGCUCCAACGCCUUCAGCUUGGUGAGCUCGGAACAGGAUCACCCCUCCACCAGCGGCUGCAGCAGUGAACUGUCGGCAAAAGCGAAGACGCAGAAAGAGCUCUUCAAGACGCUAAAGGAGCUGAAGCUCCGCCUCCCAGCAGAGAAGCGCCGAGGGGGGCGGGCCAGUACGCUGCACACGCUCAGAUAUGCCCUGCGCUGUGUCAAACAGGUCAAAGCUAAUGAGGAAUACUAUCAGAUGUUGAUGAUAAAUGACAGCCAGCCUCCUGGUCUCGACAUGUCCUCCUACACCAUCAAGGAGAUCAACAGUAUCACCUCCGAAUAUACCCUCAAAAAUGCUGAUAUUUUUGCAGUAGCAGUGUCACUCAUUACAGGGAAGAUCGUGUACAUAUCAGAACAGGCUUCAGGUAUUCUCCACUGCAGGAAGGAUGAGUUCAAGGACAGGAAGUUUGUAGAGUUUCUGACCCCACAGGACGUCAGUGUGUUCUACAGCUUCACUACGCCAUACAGACUGCCUGCCUGGAGCAUGUGUACUGGGGCAGAGUCAUCGGCUACAGAGUUCAUGCAGGAGAAAUCCUUCUUCUGCCGAAUCAGUGGAGGGAAGGAGAAGGAAGGAGAGCUGCAGUACUAUCCAUUCAGGAUGACGCCCUACCUAAUGAAGGUGCAGGAUUCGGCGCUCUCAGAGGAACAUUUCUGCUGUCUGAUACUAGCCGAGAGAGUGCACUCAGGAUACGAGGCACCUCGGAUACCGCCAGACAAGAGGAUCUUUACCACAACACAUACACCUAACUGUGUGUUCCAGGAUGUUGAUGAAAGGGCAGUGCCUCUGUUGGGGUAUCUGCCACAAGACCUGAUUGGAACUCCUGUUCUUCUUCAUCUACACCCCAGUGACAGACCCCUGAUGUUGGCAGUCCACCGCAAGAUCCUACAGUACAUGGGGCAGCCAUUUGAUCAUUCCUCCAUCCGAUUCUGUACCCGCAAUGGCGAGUAUGUUACCAUAGAUACCAGCUGGUCCAGCUUUGUUAAUCCAUGGAGCCGCAAGGUGUCUUUUGUCAUCGGACGACACAAAGUCCGCAUGGGGCCUGUGAAUGAGGAUGUAUUUUCAGCUCCUGCUUUCACUGAGGGGAAGAUCAUGGACUCAGAUAUACAGGAAAUCACAGAGCAGAUACACAAACUUCUGCUGCAGCCAGUACACAGUAUGGGCUCCAGUGGUUAUGGUAGCCAUGGCAGCAAUGGUUCACAUGACCACCUGCUCAGUAUGACCUCAUCCAGCGAUAGCAACAGCAAUGGCAACAUCGUCAUAGGCAAUGACAACGGCCCGCAAGAAGGAACCAAGGCCAAACCGAGGUCAUUUCAGGAGAUCUGCAAAGGAGUUCAGAUGCUGAAGACCCAGGAGCAGCAGAGCUGCUGCACUCCUAAACCGGAUCAGAAGAGGAGCACAGAAACAGGGUUAAAGUCACCAGGGGGAAGGCAGAAGGAUGCUGCCCUGGUGGUCAGAGAUGGUCCAGCAGCAUCGGAGGAGCUGAGGAACCAAACCAUGUACUCCUACCAGCAGAUUAACUGCAUGGACAGUGUGAUCAGGUAUUUGGAGAGCUGUAAUAUCCCCAUCACAGUUAAGAGGAAGUACCAGUUCUCCUCUAACACAACCUCCUCAAACUCAGACGAGGAGAAGAAGGGAUGUGAUGGAGUGCAGCCCACCCAAGAUCCUUUGUCUAUGAAGUCCAGUAAGAAGCCUCAGUCUGCAGCGGUGGUGGGCGGGGCCUUGGCGCCUUUGGCCCUGCCCACUAAGGCAGAGAGUGUGGUGUCCAUCACAUCCCAGUGUUCCUACAGCAGCACCAUAGUACACGUGGGAGAUAAGAAACCACAGCCAGAAUCAGAAAUCAUUGAGGAUGUAGCCGAGAGCCCCGCCCCUCUUGCAACAGUCAGCAUAAUGUCCCCACCCACGUUGGAGCAGGGAGCCUAUCGGAAACUGGGAUUGACCAAACAGGUGUUGGCGGCGCACACUCAGAAGGAGGAGCAAGCAUUUCUGACCCGCUGCAGAGAGCUGUGUCUUAGCCGCUUACUGCUGAAGGCAGCCCACCACUCGGCCAGCACAGCCAGAAACCGCAGACAAUCUACUGAUGAAGCUCAUGCUACCAAACCAGGCACACCUGCAGCACAGGCAGCCAGUAAAAGAAGUGGGCGUACCAGAAAGUCAAAGAAACUCCGUAUGAAGAAGCCUGAUUCGUCGGACAGUGCUGUCUCUCAGCGCAGAUUCCGCCCACCCCUACAGGGACUAAACCAGACAUCCUGGUCACCAUCAGAGGCCUCCCAGUCAGCGUUUUCUCUGCCAUAUCCCACCAUGGUUCCAGGAUAUCCCCUUUAUACCACUGCUCCUCCCCCUGCUAGCACACUGCCCCCUGGUGGUGAUCGCAACAACACAUCAAGCCGUUUUGAAGAGACGCCGAGUGCUCAGGCCACACCCACUGCUCCUCCAUACUCCACCCCAUUGGUCACACCAGUAGUCGCGUUUGUUCUUCCCAAUUAUAUGUUUCCUCAGCUCAGCACUCCUCCCCGGCCACCUUGUUAUACAGAGCCUCAACAAGUUUACAGUACCUCGCAGCCUUUUCAACAUCAGCAAACUGUCAACACCCAGCAACCCCCCCAACCACAACAAAACUACAGUACCCAGCCACCCUUUCAAACACAGCAAGCUUACGCUACCCAGCAACUCUUUCAGUCCAAACAGACCUUCAAUAUCCAACAGCCCUUUCAGCAGCAGCAGCAAGCCUACACUGUCCAACAACCCUUUCAGCCUCAAUCAGCAUACAGUUCCCAAACAGCAUUUCAACCCCAACAGGCCUACACUGCUCAGCAGUCAUAUGAACCCCAGGAACGCUUCUCUAACCAGCAAUCCUUUCAGGCCCAAACUCCCUUCACCCAACCCCAAGCGUUUCAAAUGCAGGCCCAGUUCACUUCUCAGAUGCCUUUCCCAUACAGGAUGACCUCUGACUCUAAAUAUGUCAUUUCUGAACCCAACGAGGUGCCUUCCCCAUCGCCAGCCCUUUCUCCACCCUUGUUCGGAUCUCACUGCAGCUCCCCUCUGCAACUCGAUCUGCUGCAGCUCGAGGACAAACCGGACUCGCACAGCACAGCACCCCCUUCAGGGUCUCAGGGGAACUGCAGCUCAGCACAGGAAAAAAGCACCGCAGUCAGCAACAGCAGCACUAUUGCAGUGGGGGAUGUACAGCAGUCAUAUUGCCUGGCAGACCAAGAUCCCAGUGACGGGCACUCCUCGUCCAGUGACCUGAUGGAUCUUCUCGUGCAGGAAGACUCUCACUCAGGAACGGGUUCCGCUACUUCUGCCUCCAACGGCUGCAACACCUCCAACAGUGGCACAGGAAGCAGCAACACCAGCAAGUACUUUGGGAGCGUGGACUCUUCUGAGAACAACCACAAAGAGAAAAGGAGAGAAGAUGGACAAAACCUAAAGUAUGCCGUUCAGGAGCCUCUCUGGUUGCUAAUGGCCAAUACUGAUGACAAAGUCAUGAUGACCUAUCAAGUGCCAUCACGCAAUGUGGACAAGGUGUUGCGGGAUGAUCGGGAGCGUUUGCGGCGCAUGCAGAAGAGUCAGCCACGCUUCACGUCAGACCAGCGGCGGGAGCUUGUCGAGCAGCACCCCUGGAUGAGGAGGGGAGGUCUCCCCAAAGCCCUCAACAUCAAGGAGUGUUUGUACUGUGAGAAUGAUGCCUGUGCUCCAGUAGAAGAGGAUCUCCCUGACAUGGAGCUCAGCAUCCUGAGAGGAGAAACUGCCCAAGAAGAUGGUGUGUCCCCGUCACCCGCAAAUGAGCAGCAACCUGGAUCAGACUCUGUUUCCUAGCAGCUCAGUAACCAUAGUCCUUUUAAACCAGCAGGGGGUGGUAUAAUCUUCCAGCUCAACACCAUACAAAUACCUUACACACAUUUGUUUUCUUCCCAGUCUUGAACUGAGAACAAACACUUGUAUAUAUUCACAUGCAUACAUAAACAUAACUAGCAACGUGGGUAACCCAGCUAUUAUUAACAGUGAAACUGUGCGGGUGUUGGUGUGGGUGGGUGUGUGUGUGUGUGUGUGUGUGUGUGUGUGUGGGGUUUUUUUUUUUAUUUGUGUAAAACCAGUGUAGCUGACCAAAUAACACCCAUAACUGAUGGGAUUUGAAAUGGAUAAUUUUUUGAACAGCGUUCAACAACAAUCAUGACAAUCAGUUAAAUUGUGAAUGCUUACCGUUUUCAUCCUCAACUUUUGAGUUCCUUAAAUCUGAGGACACAUAAAAUGCAUAUGUAAUAUGCAUUUUAACACUGAGUUUCAGUUGGCAGUCAGACUGUGAAAGAAGCUCAGAGUUUGAGCAUGGGACAGGACGGCAGGAUUUCCCUCCACUGUGCUCCAGUGCAGGAUUCAGGAUACAGGACGCCCACACACUGUCACAUGGACUGAUUUCAGUCUAGCCACCAUUCUAGUAGCAGUUAUACAUGCUCUCCUGGUAUAAACUGUGCACCUCUGGACUCCACACACAGUGGAUAGAAGGCCAAACAGGGUGGAACAACAAAAGCAGUACUGGCCAGGAGAGGCUAGGCCAAUCAGCUGCCAGGACGAGUAUUCACUUCAUAUCACAAAACCAUUAGAAGUAUUGUGAUUUCCAGGAAAUUCAGACUUUAAGUGAUUACAGAAUGAGACUGAAUUGUGGCUCAGAAGGAGAUGGCUCAAGUCAACAACUUUCUCUCACUCUGUCUCUGUCUCCAACAGGGUUUGAGAUGGAGUAUUAUAGUAGACCUCAGUAAUUUUAACUGGUUUAAAUGUCAUUUAUUGCACUCCUUUGGCCCUUGCGAAUUUCUGCAGAAUAAUGAUUGGGAUUUUUUUUUAAAAAUCUUUAUCUCUUUGACCUGUGACAGCCAAGGUAAAAAACCCUUGUAGUCUCUGUUACAGUUUGUUAUUGUGACCGACACUUUGCUGUAUAGACACUGGCUGAUCCCUGGAUAUCAUCAGCACCUUUGAACAUAUUUUUAGGCCCCCUCCCUGCCAAAUUGGUAUGGUUGUAAUUUUUUUUUGUGGUUUUAUCUUCUUUUGUGAUAUGUUCUGUUUUUUAUUUAGAUGAAAAACUUACUUUCAUCCUGACCUGUAAUUAUCAUUAUUACUUACCUGUCAUUACUACCAUAUUGUAAUAAAAAAUUAUGCACAGCU